AUGGAUAUAGAGAGAAAGAAGUGCCUAGAUAGGCGUGUUGCAAGAGAGUGGUUCAAUUCCUACCAGGAGACAAUUACCCAACACGGAAUCACCGCGGACGAUAUCUGGAACUUCGAUGAGACCGGUUUUAAUAUUGGCGUGGCUAAAGACCAGUGGAUUAUAACCCGCGAACCUAAGCGCCAAAUCUCUGGCGGUUUUAGUACCAAUCGCGAGUAUGCAACUGCUAUUGAAGCGGUCUUAGCCACUGGUUCUACUAUCGCACCGGUAGUAAUCCUAAGCGCUAAGAUCCUUCUACAGCGGUGGUUUGAGAUAGUAGGCGAUGAGAGGAUUGCUGUUACUGAAACUGGCUAUCUUAAUAACGUCCUUGCCCUUCAGUGGAUACAGCUAUUCAAUAAGCUUACCAAGGAUUCCGCUAAGGGCACACAUCGUCUAUUAAUUAUCCUAUUCUUUCUACCGCCUCACUCGAGCCAUAUCCUUCAACCACUAGACGUUGGUGUUUUUAGUGCAUAUAAGCACUGGCACAGUGAGUGGGUAUACGAUGCCACUAUCAGUGGUUAUGAGAGGAUUACUAAAGACGAUUUCCUCGGUGCGAUCUCACAGAUUCGGCAGAAGACCUUUAAACCUUCUACAAUCAAGCUUGGCUUUCGGUUAAUAGGCCUAUGGCCAAUCAAUCCUAAUAUAGUCCUCGAGGAUCUAGUCGAUCAGGUUGAUGAGGUCGAAUUCAGCUAUAAUACACCAAGCCCUCCAUCAUCAAUCGCGACCGGCGGUAGCCAUAAUUUAUCGUCAGAUCUUAGUACACCAAAGACCGCUGAGCGUGUGAAGAAGCUAGAGGAACGCCUAGAGGAUAAGAUCUCUCGCAUGUAA